AUGAGCUCGACGGAAUUGGGAGAAUUUGUAAUAAAUGUCACCGAUGGGCCGACCGGUGUGGCUAGCGGCGAUGGGGACGGAAGCAACAUCUCGACCACAGCCACCAUACACCUGCUGUACUGUGGCAAAGCACUGGAUGAUUUCCACACCAGUUACGCCAAAGCGCACGGGAUCGUCUGCCUGCUGGUGUGCAUCUUUGGCAGUAUCGCCAACACGCUCAACAUAGUGGUGCUGACGCGGCGUGAGAUGCGUUCACCGACGAACGCGAUCCUGACCGGGCUCGCGAUCGCCGACCUGCUGGUCAUGCUCGACUACAUGCCGUACGCCAUCAACUCCAUCCCGUACCUGCGCCUGUCGCGCGAGGAGCGGCUCACGUACGGCUGGGCGUGGUACAUUAUGUUUCACUCCAUCUUCGCCCAGAUCUGUCACACGAUCUCGAUCUGGCUUACGGUGACGUUGGCCAUCUGGCGCUACAUUGCCGUCGCCUAUCCGCAGCGGAACCGGCAGUGGUGCGACAUGUCGAAAACGCUCGCCGCCAUCUUCAGCUCGUACCUCGUCUGUCCAUUUCUGGCCGUGCCGAUCUACCUCUCCUUCAGCAUCCAGUCCAACGUGGAGUUGCUCGGGUGCGAUGGUAACGCGCUGUCGGUGGACGCGGCCGGCAAUGCGACGCAGGGCCGGAAUGUGACGCUGUACCGGCUCGGUACGUCACAGCUGGUGCGCGACAAUCCGGCCCUGCUGAACGUCAACUUCUGGAUCUACAGCGUCGUGUUCAAGCUGAUCCCCUGCAUCGCCCUGACGAUCCUCAGCCUGCGGUUGAUCGGUGCGCUGCUGGAGGCGAAACAGCGCCGCAGCCAGCUGACGGGUACGGCCACCGGGCUCAAGCAGAUCGUGGACGGUCGCGUGGUGGACGCGAAAGGUGGCAAGCAAACCGACAAGGAGAAGCAGACGGAUCGGACCACGCGCAUGCUGCUGGCGGUGCUGUUGCUGUUCCUCAUCACCGAGUUCCCCCAGGGCAUACUCGGCUUGCUGAGCGCGGUACUAAAAAAGGACUUUUUCUUCAACUGCUACCUCAAACUCGGUGAUGUGAUGGACGUGCUGGCGUUGGUCAACUCGGCGAUUAACUUCAUCCUCUACUGUUCGAUGAGCCGCCAGUUCCGCAGCACCUUCAACGAUCUGUUCCGGCCGCGCAUCCUCGACCGGUGGAUGGCGGUGCCGCAGGAGGGCGAGGACGAGCAGGGGGGCCGUGGCCACCACCAGGACGGUGCGACGACGCAGAUUACGCAGAUAUAG